CUUCAUCACUUUUCCUCUUCUGCAAACACUGUAAUUCUUCCUUCACUUAUCCUACUGCUCGUCAAAAGUUCACGAUCCAUCAUUUCCGUCCAUCACCGGCGUACUCUGAUUGUCUCAGACACGUCUCACUCCAAGUUGCUGUUGCUGAGAGUCUGUCCCAUUUCACGUUUUCGGAUGCUAGUCCAGCCCUGAACGAGCAACCAUGGCGGAACUCGAUAUGUCUCCGUUGGGAACCGCGCUCGAUGAUGUGACGAACAAUCAGGACAACAAGGAAACCAACGCGUCCAAAAUCGCCCGCGCGAAGGGAUGGGUGGAGCCAGAGAGCUUUGACUAUGAAUUGUAUAAUACCUCUAGUCAAGCUCUUCAGCAGCCAGCUGGUGAGGGACAUGAUAGCCAGCUCCCUGAGUGGGCGGCGAACGCAGCCAAGUACGAAUGGAAGGAUGAGUAUGGUGAUGUAGGCCCGGAGAUUCCUGAGCUAGAGGAGCAGCUUUUCCGGAACGAGUACAUCAACCGUGCUGGUCUCAAGAUCGGAAAUCUGCAAAAGAUCGAGGUCAUUGCUGAGAGUCGUGAGAGACCCAAUCCUGUGAGAGACUUCGAUGACGCUGGUCUGCAUCCGAUAAUGCGCAGAAACGUCGAACUUUGUCGUUAUGCGCAUCCCACGCCCAUUCAAGCUUAUUCAAUUCCUGCAGUUCUUACCGGACACGACCUGAUUGCGAUUGCCCAGACUGGAUCUGGGAAAACCGCGGCUUUUCUCAUUCCUGUUUUAUCCCAGUUGAUGGGUAAGGCUAAGAAGCUUGCGGCCCCUCGCCCCAAUGUGGCGGCCGGUUACAAUCCUGCCACGGACGCUGUUCGGGCUGAGCCAUUGGUCCUCAUUGUUGCUCCGACGCGUGAGCUCGCGACUCAGAUCUUUGAUGAAGCCCGUCGCCUUUGUUAUCGCUCGAUGUUGCGUCCUUGUGUGGUUUAUGGGGGUGCGCCAAUCCGUGAUCAGCGAGACGAGCUGCAGCGUGGCUGCGAUAUUCUCAUUGCUACACCUGGAAGACUCCUUGACUUCAUGGAUAGACCCCACAUACUUUCACUUCAGCGCGUCAAGUACACCAUCAUCGAUGAAGCUGAUGAGCUUUUGCAAUCUGACUGGGAGUCUGAUUUCAAGAAGAUCAUGUCGGGAGGAGAUGUGAAUGAGGACGCCGAUCACCGUUACAUGAUGUUUUCCGCAACCUUCAAUAAGGCUUGCCGUGGGCUCGCCCGUGAAUACCUUGCAGCUGAUCAUGUUCGCAUCCGUAUUGGACGUCCUGGCAGCACCCACAUCAACGUGCAGCAAAAUAUCAUUUUUGCAGAGCAGCAUAUGAAGAAGCAGUGCCUUUAUGACCUCCUUAUCUCGAUGCCUCCCUCACGAACUCUGGUAUUUGUUAACUCGAAGCCACAGGCUGACCUGUUGGAUGACUAUUUGUUCAACAUGGGCUUGCCCAGCACCUCCAUUCAUGCCGACCGCACUCAGCGUGAACGUGAAGAUGCCUUGCGUGCAUUCCGCACGGCUAAAAGCCCUAUCCUUGUGGCUACGGGCGUCUCAGCUCGCGGUCUCGAUAUCAAGAAUGUCAUGCACGUCAUAAAUUUCGAUCUUCCCCGCGUUCAUCACGGUGGUAUUACUGAGUACAUCCACCGUAUCGGACGCACUGCUCGCAUUGGGAAUGAAGGCCUGGCGUCCUCAUUCUACAACGAUGGCGACUCGGAGCUCGCGCCUGAUCUUGUCAAUAUCCUUUUGGAGAGCGGCCAGAAGAUUCCCGACUUCCUUGAAUCUUACAAGCCCAUGGAUAACAAGGUUGAUUUUCAGGACGAAACCGACGAGGAGGAUAAUUGCGAUGGCAACGGCUGGGGAGGUAUCGACAUGGGCACUAAUGACGCGGGAAACGAAGAUACUCAACCAUCAAACGCCGGCUGGGAGUUCUAGAACUGGGGCCCUGGCUAGUCUGUUGACUUAGGGGGCAACACCAAGCAUCUCAUCUCUCUUUACCCCGAGCC